CGUGCAGGCAGGCUCAAUUUCAUGCAGGAGUUUCAGCAGGAGAGGAAUGUGGGCCUUGUUACUGUAAACCAGUUUAGAGGUUUGAAGUGGAUGUGUUUGAUAGAUAAGGACUUGUCUUUCAGAGGUGAGAGAAAAUACCUCUUCAAGCACCUGCUGCCUAAUGGUGCUGAUUUACUGAAAGUGAAGGUGAUCUGGUCCGGGGAAAGCUGGUACUGUUUGACUUGCCUGAGUGGAUAUGUGCAAGACAAGCUUGGUGGGCCUUGCCUGGUGCCAGCUACAGUGAAUGCCUAUUGAUAUCCCUGAAUCUCUACCCAUGCACCACGAGAAACUCGAUACGUAGCCGACCCUGCCCCAAUAAGAGUUGCUGCCAUUAAUGCUUUCUCUACCUUGAGCUUGGGGGAAAUAAACGUCUUUUUCGCUAGAAACAUGGUCGGCUUAUGUCGGCAACUUGGCAAUGACCAAUUCUGGAUUCUCGGUGCUUGAACAUGGAACAGUUUCACAUAAGAGCAAUGUUGAGAAGAACUCUCCACAUUUGUGGUGUUAGAAACUGCGAAAGCUGCAGAACAUUUGUCAAGUGGGGUGAAAGAAUUCUAGAUCUCGUCAGAGACAGAGUGCGGAAUUAGAGAACGUAGAGUCACGAUGGAGAAACCCCAAUCCAAUAUGUUUUUCCACAAACGAAGGUCCCAGUUGUUGCUGCUGAACUCACUGACAUGUGGCCUGGAAAUCUGUGUGGCAGCUGGAAUUACCUUUGUUCCCCCACUGCUGCUGGAAGCUGGGGUGCAGGAGAAAUAUAUGACUAUGGUUUUGGGCAUUGGGCCGGUCCUAGGACUUGUAUUUGUUCCGAUGAUCGGUUCAGCAAGUGACCACUGGACAAGUCGAUAUGGCCGCCGUCGUCCCUUCAUUUGGGCGCUCUGCCUUGGAGUCCUCCUGAGUCUUUUUGUCAUUCCUCAUGCCAGCAAGAUGGCCACUUUCUUCAACCUGAAAGACUACCCGGUCGAUGUGAUCUUUCUUAUCAUUGGGAUCUGCAUGUUGGACUUCUGUGGCCAAGUCUGUUUCACUCCCCUCGAGGCCUUGCUGUCUGACUUGUUCCAUGAUGCUGAAGAUUGCAGGCAAGCUUUCUCCAUGUAUUCCUUCAUGAUCAGCCUCGGGGGUUGCAUUGGCUACCUCUUGACAGCAGUUGACUGGAAAAGGACCUUUCUGUCCAGUUACCUUGGUGAGCAGGAAGAUUGUCUCUUCACACUUCUGGCUGCCAUAUUUAUUGUGUGUGUUCUCGCUACCUUCUUUGUAUCUGAGGAAAACUGUAGUAAUAUGGAUGGACUUGUCGACAUCUCACCAAAGGAAGUCAUUAAGCCUCUGGCAAGGUACUGUUGUUGCUCCACGAGUAUGCUUUGGCGCGCGAGGCACUAUCUUCUAGUACUGAAGAACUGUUGCACUUUGAUCCCCAAACUCUACCACCUGUACUGUCGCAUUCCCAAGGUGAUCCGUCAGUUGGUUGUGGCCGAGUUCUACAGCUGGAUGGCCCUCAUGACGUUCAUGAUGUUCUACACAGACUUUGUGGGGGAGGGGCUCUACCACGGUGUCCCUAAUGCAGAUCCUGGGAGUGAAGCCAGGCUACGCUAUGAUGAAGGUGUUCGAAUGGGCAGUAUGGGUCUUUUCCUGCAGUGCGCAUUCUCAAUCUUUUGCUCAGCAAUAAUGGACAAACUGGUGAAGGGGUUUGGAACCAAAGCAGUAUACCUCGCCAGCAUAGCAUUUUUUACCUUUUCUGCCAUCAUUAUGUGCCUUUCGAAGAGUGUGGUUCUGGUGACAGCGAUGUCUGCACUAACGGGGUUUACAUAUUCAACUCUACAAAUCCUACCCUACACGCUGAACUCCCUUUAUCAUAAGGAAAAACAGGUAUAUUUUUGCAAACACAAGUUUACUGAACGCGAAGAUGGCAGUUGCCAGAUUGAGAAAAAGGCAUCUUUGCAAAACGGAAUCUUGAAUCAUAAGUCAUAUAAUCAAAAUGGGAAUUUAAUUACAUCUGCCCCUCUACUGUCUUCCAAAGGCCCACUGCCAGAAAGAAGCAGCAUCUCUCAGAGCCGUAGCUCUCAGUGUGAGAUUGUUGUGGCUGCUGGGUCUACUGACAGUGAACAAUCAACUAUGGGGAGGGGGAUUUGCCUUGACCUAGCUAUUCUGGACAGUGCCUUCCUUCUUUCUCAGGUCAUUCCCUCGCUACUCAUGGGAACAAUUGUACAGUUUACACAGACAGUAACUGCUUACAUGAUCUCUGCGGCCUUCUUUGGGACGGUGGCUAUUUAUUUUGCAACCAAAAUAGUUUUUGAUAAAAAUGAUUUAGAAAAGUAUUUAGUGUGAUGUAAUGAAGGGAUGAUGCUCUUUCUACUAUGGGGUAGUGUAACAGUUGGAGGUGAGUGAUAUUGAGUUUUACCACAAUAUUAUAAGCACAACAAUUGUCAACCAAGACCAGAAUGUAGAGUUAAAGAAACUUAUACAGCUACCUGGAGAGAUAAUUGGGUCAUUGAUUUUCUUAUUGCUUUAUAACUCUCAGAUCUGAUUGUGAAUCUACUCCACUGAUUGGAGACUGCACAGCUUCCAUUUAGUGUUGAUGUACAAACAUCUGUUGCUUAUCAAGUUCUGUCACUAUUCCAAUUUCUAAUUGAAUCCAUUCAUACACCUCAAAAUUUCAGAACUAUUUCACAUUAUCCUAAUUUGGAUUUUAAAGCCUUUUAAAUGCUAGCCUGCAUUGUUUACACAAGGACUUGUGUGUAUCUGUUCCUUAAUGUGUCUUUCAAAAAUAGGUUCCUUAUCUAGCCCCUAUGUAAGAUUUGAAUCUAUAACCCUUUUAAAAAGAAAAUACCAAAGCUCAUAUUUCUGAAAGUAUAAUUCUGCAACCAUUUCAGCAAGAUGGAAGAAGAGAAAAGCUUUUGGAUUCCCCUAAACAAACUCCUUCACUGCAUAUCACCAAAUCGCCAGGCAUAGUCUAGUUCCACGCUGUGUGGAUCACAAAGGUAAGGGAGGCUAUUUGGUCAAUGUGGCCCAUUCUCCCAUGGAAGUCUACAGCUGUUCUCCCCCCCCCCCCACACUCCAUGGCAGUGUGUAACUUGGCCAAGUGCAAUAAUAAUGCCACCUGGCAUCUUCAAAGACCUGCAUUGGGAACCGGUCCAAAUGAAUGUAGUAGUAGAAGUGGUGUAUCCAAAUGUUUUCUAAAAUAUCUGGUAUUGGAUUUUUAUGAGUGGGCGGGGGUGACAAUGUUAUUUUUAUGGGCCCGUAUUUUUAAGCCCUUUUAAGUCUGCACCAUAACCUACUGGUGAACUUUCACAAGCUUUUGUGCUCAGCCUGCUUGCUGAGGAAGAGCUUUUGUUUGCACUUGCAAUGGCAAGGAAGCUUUUAAAAAAAUUUUAACAAUAUUCAAUGGUGUAACAUGUCCCCAUGCCAACAGGGAACUCGGGUAUUAUUCUCCAGUGACUCUCCGAUAUGUCGUCUAACAUCUGCUUACAAGGAAAAAGGAAAAUAAAGGGGAAAACCCCAGGCUCCUGUCACACACCUCUGUAAACUUUGGACCGAGCAACAGAACUGAAGGAGGCUGAAACAUGAGACUUAGGUCAUCUCGCCGAGUGAGUUGGAAAGAGCAAGGAGACUGGAGAAAAUAUCAUCUUCCUUUUUCUUCAGAUUCCUUCCUCUUCCCGAGGAUGGGGUGCAAUGUUACACAGUUGCUUUCUCUGUAAACAGUGGCAUUUUUUGCGCCUAGGUUUCACUCCUAACUGUGGGAUUAUACUCAAGUAAGGCCCCAGUCUUUUCGCCGAGGUCACUGACCACAAGCCCUGUCCAUCAGCAGAGUGCCCUGGAUGUGUGACACAUCUUGCUGGAGUCCGCCUUCAGAGCCGUUGUCCUCUUGCUAGGAUCCUCUGUCUCUUCCAUCAUUUCAAACUUAGCAGGGGGUGACGUUCCCAUUCGACACCAGACGAAGCCGAUGAUGCCCUCACUUAGUUUAGCUCAUCAGCUGAGGUGAGGUAGCAGGGUAGGCCUGCUGCUAUGCAUUACCAGCUGCUUGGAGAAGUAGGUGAGAGCUAAAGACACUAAGACACACAAAUGGACCUUACCCACAUUCAAAACUGGAGUGUGCGGCUGGCAAUGACCCGGGUACUAGGCCUGUCACAGAAUUCUCCUAUAUGCUCAUUGGGAGAGAAAAGGUUUUGAUUGCAAAUACAACAUGGCUUUGUCUCGUCCAUUUGUCUCAACCCCAAUUGUACUUUCUAAAUGGAGGGAAAACAAUUCAGAAAGAAAAAUCAGAUGAAAGUUGACGAACAACCAGUAUUGAUUAUGGUGCAAGUGUUCUGUUGAUGUGCCAAACGCCUGACUGUUUAGUCAUUAACCCCAUAAUCAUCACGCCAUGCCCUACUGUUCUGGACUCGAUUCCAGUCUCAGCAGGGAUUCAUCACCAGUAACAUGUGCCUUGUUUCUACCAUUUCUUCAGCUCUUUAAAUGCUAACCAUGGGUAGCAGCCUUGUUGCACUCCAGUACAUAGUUUGAUUGUGGCACAUUGUAAGGUUUGAAAUGCCCAGUGCACUGUCUUGUAAACGGGGUCAUGCAUUUUUGGAAAGCCUAGGAAGUUUAGUAUUAAUUGCAGCAAUCCACUUUUUUUGUUGAUUUCAGAUCAUUCGUAGAGGACCUUGUUGUAGACGAGUAUCUCACUCCUGUGCUGAUGCUCCAAAAAGUUUCAAAACACAGUAUACAUUUCAGACAGGAAUGCUCUCAAGCUAUCAAUUUUGUACAUCUGGUACUUUUUUUUUAAAUUCCAUUUUUAUUGUAACUGCCCCUCUUUAUAGCCUCUGAGGGCUUGUACUCCAGGGACUGUAGUUCACCAUAUGGAACCGCAGUAAUACCGUUGCUCUAGCCCAAAUUUGGCAAUUCAAUAGUAGCAGAAGCAGGCAUUUUUAAACAUGACAUCUCCUAGUCCAUGGUGUCAUGUCGCACCUGACUGCUUUCACCUCUAUUGAUGGGCCUUCUUACCAGUCACUUCUGUCAUGUCACCAAGACUCCAAUCUACCUUCUUUACCGAGCCAAUAAAUCACUGGAUAAGUUGCUCCACCAAGCUGGUAGGCCAUCCUUGCGGACUCUGCUGGUUCGUGCAACCCUAUGAUCUCCCAGUAAGUGGGUCUUCUGUUCUGGGAGGUGGGAGGAUGGUUAAGAUGCCUUGGCGACUUUGAAAAAGUGAAACAAAGUAAAUUUCCUUUUUUGUUCAGGUGCAAAUACAGUCCUUUGACAACUUAAGUGCUUCAGCUGAACUUGGGUGUGAGAAAAGAAGUUCCUUUCUAUUUCAGGCCUCCAACCUGUUGUCGUUGGUAAAUUAUCCAAGGGAGUAACAUAGUUCAUCCAAUGGCUUGGCCAUUUGUUGUUCUGCUGCAAGAUGGUUAAUAUUGAAAAGUGUCCUCAGUCUGUGUUUCAGGAUGUUAUUAAUCCAUAAAUAAUGUACACAUCUGUGUUAGUAUUUUAGUGUCUGUAUCACUCACCUCUAGCUGUCUUUAGAUCUCGAAAUUGAUUGCUAAAUUAUAGAUAUGUAUAAUUCAUCUGGGGAAAAAGGUAUAUUAUUUUUGGUAGAAUUAAUAAUUUUGCCUAAAAAAAAAAAUCUAUUUUUGUUAAAAUUGCUGACCUUGCAACUGUUUUUAAAAAGUCUAUGAAUACUGUAUUUAUACUGUAGAGAUAUUUUGUACAGUGACAAUUUAUAUCCCAUAUAUAAAGGAACAGGGGUCUACAGGAAUAUGGAAGCUGCUGUAUUUUUCUCCGUUGAGGUCCAGGCAGUGAUCCAACGUUGCUUUUGGCAACAAUGUCUUCACUCAGAUCAUGACUGAACAAAGGCCUUGUAGAAGAAUCAGAUCCACGGAUGUUUACAGCACAGAAGGAGGCCACUCAGCCCAUUGUGCCUGUGUCGGAUCUUUGCUGGACCAAUCCAAAACCAAUCCCACUUCCCAGCUGUGUACCCGUAGAUUCGCAUCUUCCUCUGCAUUGAAUAAUUAAUUGAUUUUUUCCUUAAAUGGUGCAAUGGUUUUUGCCUCAACCACUCCCUGUGGCAAGGCAUUCUGUGCUCCAUCAUAAUCUUCCUGUAUUCUGUCUAUCAGAACUCCUAAUAAAUCUCCUCUUACCCUUCUCUGCUCCAUUGGAAAUAACUUCACUAUCUCAAGUCUCUUCUCAGAACAUGAAAUUCUCAUCGCUGACUUUAAACCGCUCCCCCUCCCUGAUGCUGGCUACACAUCCAUCAAACCAGUACACCCAUUGCGUUAAAUUAUAUAAGUGUAUAUAAAUAAGUUGUGUGCUCUCCCAGUGCUGGCGUUAUUAAUGUUGCAUGACUCCAGAAUAUCUGACGAGAGCAAAAAUUGUUGCACCCAAUUAUGGGACCAAUUAAAGGUGAGGCAGAGCUCGGGAAUGGCAGAAGCCAUUCAAACCACUGCAGUCUUCACAAUCGUGCUUUCAGCAGCUUCACAAAUUUGAUGCGAAGCUAUAACAAAAAGUGUUCUGUUCAACAUAGUUUGAUUAUCCUGGCAUCUCAUUUUCUCUUUUCUCUCAUUCCAUAGACAUUUGUGCUAACUGUUGGCCAAUCCAGCUAGGCUCUUGAGUAUAUUGUCUUUUGUAGUUGCUAGCCCCUCUCUUUCUAUUCUUCACUCACCCACCCUGCCCGCAGCCCAUAAAGUAUGUGACUAGAGUGCCAAUGAAUAUAUUUCAGGCUGACUGAUUUGAUGAGCUCAACAGAAGGGAAAGGUAGCAUUUUAGAUACGUUAUUGACUAGUAAUCCAGAGGCCAGUAUGAAUCAUCUGGAGAUAACGAGUUCAAAUCCCUUUACAACUCCGUUAAUUAAAUAAACCUGGAAUAAAAAUCUAAUAUCAGCAAUGGUGACCAUGUAACUAUGUAUCAGAUUGUUGCAAAAGCCCAUCUGGUUCACUAAUGUCCCUUAGGGAAGGAAAUUUGCCACCCUUACCGGAUCUGACCUAUACGUGGUUGAAUCUUAACUGCUCUCCAAAAUGGCCCAGUAGCCCAUUCAGCUGUAUCAAACUGCCAUGAGUGAGUAUAAUCAGAAUAAAACAGCACUCUGUGGAUCCCUUUACCCCCACAGGCUGCAGAGGUUCACGAAGGCAGCUCACCACCACCUUCUCAAGGGCAAUUAGGGAUGGGCAACAAUGCUGGUCUUUCCAGCGACCCUUGCAUCUCAUAAAUGAGUUAAAAAGAAAAGGUACUUGGAACAGCGACCCGGUUCUUUACAGGAGAAGAACCAUUUCCUCUUCCUGCCUGUUGGAGAAUGCAAAGGAAUCUCAACAGCAUCAACUCAUUGCGUUUUUAUUUUGCUGGUGUUCAGCCCAAUCCCUCCCCCUUUCCCUCAAGACAUACCUCACACUGGUUCUCUGUGCAAUGGUCACCCUCUGGUACCUCAUACAAGUGGCUAUUCUUCAUCUGACCAUAGCCCACAGUGGCCCGUAGCAAGGAAACCACUUCUAGCAAAGAUCAAUUAACUAUCUGUGGCCUUUAAAGUAUGUGUAACCAAUAAAUAUACAUUCCAUUCUUUCCAGUUUGAAGUUCUCAAAUCCUGGCUUAAAUUUUACUACAGACAUUUGAGCUUCAGCUUAAGGGGAAAUUUCUUGUAAUACUCUAUGUUCUAUGUAGGCAAAUGCCAAGUACAGGUUAGCACACUUGUAAAACUAUCAGAGCUGUUGGGAUUUCACCUUGAUUUAACCAGGUUGAUGGUAAUUUUUUUAAAUAACAUAUAUGGGGCUUGGGGAUAUUAUGGAGUCUUUUGGAGAAAGGUUGGCUGCAGCAGGGGGGAGUGGGCAUGAGAGAGAUGGAGCGUUCAGAUUGGAGGCAAUGUUGUGAAGGUGGGGGGGAUGAUGGAGGUGGACCAUCAGGCUCGAUGCAAAGUUUUGGGCCUCAGCAGGUGCUAAAAAUGAAGCAUUCGAGAAAGGGAAAGGAAUGGUGCCAGGGAGCAGAGGUCAGGUACAGAGGGCAUGAUCGAAGAUUAACAAAGAGUUGGGGAGGGUGAGGAUUGAGUGGUGUUGAGGGUGGAGCUAUUAUCCAGGCAGUCAAAAAUGAAUUAACAUUUUAUUUUCUCAGCAACUUUAUUCGGUGGUGGUGUUUCUGAUUAGCAAGGGUCAGUUAACAGCAUUAAUGGCCCAUUAGUGCAUUCAUACAGUAUUACAGAGACAAAUUAUAAAAUAAUAUAUACCAUAGAUCUAUAGCUUGCUUAAAAUUUAAUACAAGAUUAGACACAUAUAAAUCAGAGGGUUAUGUUCACAAGGUUUCUUGCUAGUUCAACUGCAAUUAAUAUAUUUUAAUAUUUAUUCAAUGAGUUCAGGUACAAGCUGAGGUAUAUAAUGACACUCAAAAUGUUAAGAUUAGGAGUAUUCUGAGUAUCCUGUUAUUUUGAUCUUGCCUUUAAAGCUAAUGAUAUGAGCUUUGAUAGAUUCAAACAUCUGAAUUUUAAGCUUAUAGAAAUUUUUUUUUAGAAAUGUUGAAAUGUAGUUUUAUUUUCCUGUGAUUAGAUAGGAUUUAAAAUUAGUCUUUAAAUGGCUAAAGAAACUGGAUAUGUGAAUGUAUUCUUGAAGCUUUCAACAUUACUCAUUUUCUAACAAAAGACCUCGAACUGUGUUGAAAAGCUAGGUUCACCAUUUAGUUGUUUGACUAGGGUGAAGUAAUAACUAAUUUUGGGUAUUCUGUCUUGAUGCUUGAUCAGUAAUUAUUUUGAUAUCUGGUUUCUCCCAUACUAUUCCAAAUGAGAAAUAAGAAGAGUUGUGUAAUGCAAAUCUCACUAUCUCCCUUUCUUGCUUUUAUAAUCUCACUAUCUUCUCCCUCGUUUUCGCUUACUCCAUCCACACCCCGCAUUAUCACUGCAGCUAAGAUCAGAAGCUCCAUGGUCUGGAGCAGUGAAACCCAUAUCCCUCCACACCCUGAUAUCAUCUGUUAGUGCUCCAGUAUUUCAAAUGCUUCAUUACUUUGUUGGUCACAAAAGUAUGUCUUUUUAGGAAGAGAGUGUGGUAUUGAGUGGUACAAACAAUAUACAUGCAGCAUGUCAAAAUUUAUGUUCUUCACUGUAAUAGAACAGCAAGUGUUAAUAUAUCUCUCACAUCUUGUGUAAUUUGCCCAUUGCAAUAAAUAUACUUGUACCCUGCUGAAA